AUGGGAAGUAGUUGUUGUAAUCAUCAUGAAAUGAAUUAACCUUAGUUAUAGAAAAAUACUCUAAUAUUGACACCAUUAAUGAAAUCUAAUGAUAAUUGGGAUUCUUCUUAGGAUGAUGAUGACUUAAUUUUGCCAAUGCAAAAAUAUAAAACCUUAAGUGCUGUAUCAAAAAUAGAACUUGAUUUUUCAUAAAUUACAAAUCAGACGAAGAUGAAAAAGACAAUUUAAUUACCAGGAGCUAGGAAAUCAGUUAAAAUAAGUUAUGAUAAUUUCAUCACAAUGAAACAAGGAGAAUGGAAUGAAUAAUAUAGCAUUUUAAAAAAACUAGGUUAGGGAAGUUAUGGUUGUGUUUGGUUGGGUAAACAUAUUAAGACAGGUAUUUUAAGAGCAUUAAAAUAAAUUAAAAAGGAUUCAUUAUUAUUUGAAGAUCAAUAAAGAAUGUUAUCGGAACUGAAUAUCCUUAAAUCUUUAGAUCAUCCAAAUAUUGUACGAGUUUUUGAAUGUUUUUAAGAAGAUGAACAAUAUAUAGUUGUUACAGAGUAUUUAAUUGCAUUUAUUAAGAUAUCUUCCAGGAGGAGAGUUAUUCGAAAGAAUAAAGAAACUUUAAAUUUUUAGUGAAAGAAUGGCAGCUGAUUAUAUAAAAUAAAUUUUAUAAGCAGUAAGUUAUUGUCAUGAAAAAUAAAUUGUCCAUAGGUAUGAUUAGUAAUUAAAUUUUAAUUAGAGAUUUAAAACCAGAAAACAUUUUAUUAAGUGGAUAGGGUGAAGAAAUUAAAGUAAUUGAUUUUGGAACUUCCCGUCAUUUUACAUAAAAUUUUGAUAUGAGAAAAAGAUUAGGGACUCCUUAUUAUAUAGCUCCAGAAGUUUUGAAUUAGAAAUAUAAUGAAAAAGUAGAUAUUUGGUCAUGUGGAGUGAUUCUUUAUAUUUUUUUAUGUGGGUAUCCUCCUUUUGCUGGAAAAACUGAUAAAGAGACUUUAGCAAAAGUUCAAGCUGGAAAAUUAGUUUUUGAUAGAAAGGAUUGGUCUACAGUAUCAAGUGAUGCUAUGGAUUUAAUUAGUAAAAUGUUGAAUUUAGAUGUUUCUAAAAGAUAUUCUGCUUAGUAAGUAUUAAAGCAUUCAUGGAUUUAAAAAAAUGCUAAAUAAGAAAUAAUCUCUUUAUAAUUACUUAGCAAUAUAGAAAAGUUUUAGGUUUAAAGUAAUUUUAAGAAAGCAGUUAUGACUUAUAUGGUGAGCUAAACUUUAAAUAGUUAAGAAAUUAAUGAACUCAAAGCAACUUUUAAUGCCCUUGAUAAAAAUAAUGAUGGUAAUUUAAGUAAACAAGAGUUGAUAGCUGGAUAUAGAGUAUUAUUAAGAAGCAAAGAAUAAGCUGAAGAAAAAGUGAAUAAAAUUUUAGAUACUUUAGAUUUAAAUCAUUCUAAUCUUAUUGAUUAUUCAGAAUUUAUUAUGGGAGCAAUGAGAGUAGAAAAAUUAGUUUCAAUUGAAAGAAUUAAAUAAGCAUUUCGAAUGCUCGAUAUUGUAUUUCAUAAAUUUAUUUUAGAAUGGAGAUGGAUAUAUUUCAAAGGAUGAACUUGAAGAAGCUAUGGGAUUUUUAGAACCUGAAAUAUGGGAAUAAUUUUUAAAUGAUUGUGAUCUAAAUAAAGAUGGAAAAAUAUCUGAAGACGAAUUUAGUAAAAUUUUAACUACCUUAUGA